GGUGAUUGGGAAGAUGCCUAUUGGCGAGCCUUUUGUGACCGUAAAUGCUGUCAGUGAAUCUAUUAGUUCUCAUAUGUGUGUCGCAUAUCUGACCUUACGUAUGGUUCUUUCGUGAAUGUUAUUACCAGUUAGUUGAAUAUUGCAGAAAGACGUGAUGAUUGGGAGGAUGCCUACAUGCUAUGAAAACGUUGCUGUGUUUUACGCGAUUUCAGUGUCUCCAAUUGUUGUAUAAUUCUUCUCGAGUUUUGCAGGUUUUUGGAUGUAAGAAUUGGUGAGCCUUCUGUGACCGUGAAUGUUGUUAGUGAAUCUAUUAGUUCUCAUAUGUGUGCUGCUUAGCUGACCUUACGUAUGGUUCUUUCGUGAGUGUUAUUACCAGUUAGUUGAAUAUUGCAGAAAGACGUGAUGAUUGGGAGGAUGCCUACAUGCUAUGAAAACGUUGCUGUGUUUUACGCGAUUUCAGUGUCUCCAAUUGUUGUAUAAUUCUUCCGAAGUUUUGCAGGUUUUUUGAUAUAAGAAUUGACUAGCCUUCAGUGACCGUGAAUGCUGUCAGUGAAUCUAUUAGUUCUCAAAUGUGCCGCUUAUUUGACCUUACGUUAUGGUUCCUUCGUGAAUGUUAUUACCAUUUAGUUGAAUAUUGUAGAAAGACGUGGUGAUUGGGAGGAUGCCUAUAUAUGCUAUAAAGACAUUUGCUGUGUUUUACGCGAUUUCAAUGUCUCCAAUUAUAUAAUUCUUUCGGAGUUUUGCAGGUUCUUUGAUGUAAGAAUUAGCAAGCCUUGUCCUCAUAUGCGCCACUUAUCUGACCUUACGUAUGGUUCGUUCGUGAAUGUUAUUACCAUUUACCAUAAAGUUCUUUGAUGUAAGAAUUAGCAAGCCUUGUCCUCAUAUGCGCCACUUAUCUGACCUUACGUAUGGUUCGUUCGUGAAUGUUAUUACCAUUUACCAUAAAGUUGUUUUGAUUCAAGAACAACUUUCAAAAGACAGGAUUAUCAUUGAUACUGACAAAAGGGGAAGUUUGGAGGAGCGUAAAAUAUUUGUGCAAACAUAUAUGGGUGCUAAAGGUCCCAGUGAUUCUGAGGUGGAGAAAUUAGUCCAAGAUGUUGAGAAGUAUACUCUUGCUAGCCAUCUUGUUUGGGGUCUCUCGGGAAUAAUAUCGUGGGUGGGGUAUGCUUUGUCACGCGAUACUCCAGAAGGUGAGGCUUGUGAACUUGUGAAAAACUUGGCUCUGAUGACUCAUGUAACGACAAAGGCCCAUUAAUUUCUUUGGGUUGAAUGGAAGAGUCAGGUUAUUCCCAUAAUACUUCUUUAGGAACAAUUGCUCGAGAUGAAAGAAGAUGUUGGUUGUUAUAUCACUCAGUUGACACGAAACAAUUGUCAAAUAAAAAAGAAUUGUUCGAGAUGAAACAAUUGUUCGAUCUUGUUGGAGUUAAAUAACAAUUGUUCGAGAUGGAAGAGAUUCAUUAUGAAGGAUGGAUGAUGCCAGGUACCGGAAUCACGAUUCUCCACAAUGGUAUGUCCACUUUGAGCAUAAGCUUUCAUGCCUUUAUGAGUCAAUUCUGAUAGAGAUUAGUAUAUCCAUCAUCCAGUAUGAGGAGGAUAAUAAGCAUCUCCGCCAAUAUCCCAUCAAGCAAAUCUUCAGCUUGUGAGCCGAACCGACAGCCGGAUCUUAAAUUGUCGAAUAAAAAAGCAGCUCACUAGAAUCUGUCUCCACAGUGGUGGUCUAUGCAAGCAGAUAAAAUGCUUCAUUUCCCUUACAGCGGUGGUCCUACAUCGUUGGAGAAGGGAACAAAACAUUCUUUAUAGGGUGUGGAAAUCUCUCUCUAGCAUACGCGAUUUAAAAUC